CUCUAUUAAGAAAUUGAAGAAACUCAAACAAGAAAAUGAUAUGAAGAUUGAGUUCGGAAGAAAGAUGCGAGAGAAUAAACCUACUUUUAAUAUGGUAGAUGUACUAGAAAAUGAGCUUUCUCCACUAAAGUCCUCCGUCAUCAACAUCAAAGUGGGUUUUCUAUCCAAACCUUAUGUCCAGAUGACCAUUACCCCUAACCGGCCAAAGAAUCCUGAAAGGUUGAUCAAAAAGGCUUGCUCUCUGCAAGCAGUGAAGUUUCAGAAGGAUAUGAAACUUUUUAUUGCCCCUUUCAGUGUUGUUAAUAACCUCUCUUUAUUGCGCAAUGGAGAUCAAUUAAGGAUAUUUACUAGUGAGCAGACCCAGCCAUUCUUGAAGCAGAAUCUACAGAAAUAUCAUCAGAUAAAGUCUCGAAUCACUAUGGAAGAGCAAAUGAUGACAAGUGUCAUUGAAGAUUGCUCUACUCAGAAAAUAGUAGCAGAGAAAUACCCAGGAGCAGUUCCAAUCAGAUGGAUAUUUAAAGAUCAAAUUGAUGAAGAUUCCAAAGAUUUCUUACAAGGUAUGGAUACUCAUGGCUACAACUGGAAUGGGAAUCCUAUUUAUCAAUAUCAAAAUUAUGAAAGAUCUAAAGACUCUCAAAGCAAGAUUAGCAAUGACUUAGGUAAGGAUCAAGAGAAUGAAUAUGAAGAAAAAUAUCAAUCCCAGAAUAACUCACCUAAUGUUUCAACUGAUUUAGGCUUAAACCCCAUAAUUUGAAUAGACAAAGAGGUCAAUUCUGUUGGUGAUAGUAAGAUACUAAAACCUGAUGUAUCAGAAAUAAUAGAGAUUCCAACUGCAAAGCCUACUCCUGGAAUAAUUCGACAAACUCCUUCAAGCUCUAUUGCUAAAAAGAAUUGUGAAAUGAUUGAAAAUCUGCUUAAAAAGCAAUCUGAGUUAGUAAUAAGUUCUAGUAGUGAAGAUACUGCUCCUACUAAGAUUAUCAAAACUGGGCCUAAGCGUAAGAAGAGGGAUCAAAAAGUUAUAUGAGAUUCUCUAAUGCCUGUUUCUUAUAAUGCUAUUGAUACAGGAGCAAAAAUAAAGAAAAAGAGACAGAAGAGAUACUAAAAAAAUUGUAAUUUAAUAAAAAAUUAUCCAGUUUAUGCUAUUCUAAAUUCUGUUCAAGUGUUUAAUUCUGGGUGAGGUUUCAGUUCCUUCGAAGGAGUCAAACAGCUAGUACUGUCACUGUCUGAAGUAUAUCCAGACUCUGGAAUCUUUCCUGUAAGUAAAAUCUCUAUUCUUUUUGGAGGAUUCAAACCGAAAGAUUUCGCUCGCUUGUAACGAAUGUCUCUAGGGAUUCCAAUUCAAGGGCCAUAUUUCGGAUCAAUAUCGAACUCUACUAACUCUUUCUCAAUCUUUUCAAAAAUUUUGUCUUUGCUUAAUUUUUUUACGACAGGCGAUUUCUUAGCCAUUGAGAAUAAUGUCAUUUGCUUGUUCUUUGCUGGUUUGCUUCUCUGAGCCUUUCUCUGUCUUACAUUUUCCCUCUUUUCUUUGAGCUUUUUCAACAUUAUUUAAGAAAUGGUGUCCAAAUUAAUAAACCUGAUUUAAAGCUAAUUUGA